AUGGCCAGAACACUCGAUAGCGAAGUACCAGGCCUGAUCCCAGCCGAGACUCUCCAGCAGGACAAAAUAGGCCCCGUCAGUCCAAUGCACACCUCAGAAGGCACCAGCACCAUCAGUUCGCCACCUAUACCAGCCUCUAUAAGCCCUCCCGUCCCCAUAUACGAACGAAACCAACCCGAAGACGCGCCAAUGCCCCUCAGCUCCCUCGAUAUGCCAGAGAAAGAAUAUUGUGGGCAACCUCCCCCCAACGAACUAGCGAUGCCAUCUGCAAGUCAACAGCCUAUGGGACAGGCUUCAAAUGAGAAAGCAUAUCCCGGUCAACCCAUGCCCAAUCAUGUACAAGUCCCACAACUGCAACAGCAACAAAUAUACUAUACACCGUUCGGUCAGCCAACACGAUAUGCGACAGCGGUGCCUUUGGAAUCAAUCCAGUCGGCUCCAUGUCCUGUCGACUGUCCUGUUUGCGGGAUGCGGGAAAUGACAAAGACCGAUUUCAUAUCAGGAGGAACUACGCAUUUGUUCGCUGCUUUAUUUUGCUUCUGUUGCUGCCUCGGAUGUAUCCCAUAUCUCAUUGCAUCGCUAAAAAAUGUCGAACACCGGUGUGGAAACCCCGGCUGUAAUGCGAGGCUUGCAUUCUGGCAUAAAAAUUCAGGUUAUGUCGACGUUCUUCAAAAGGCACGGCCGUCUGUUAAUACUCAAGAGUCUGGCUUGGUUUCGAAUGCUCAGCCCCAGACACCAGAACUAACAUCUUAUCAUUAG